GAAGCAAUGCCCCAACCUCUCAAAUAUCUCAAAACCCAACAAAACAACUAAACUAUAAAGUUCACCAAUGCCAAUCAUAUGUCACCUUAGUCUUCUACGUUUCUAGUUCCCUUCUAACUUAUUUAUCUUCAUUCAAGUUCAUCAAUAGCUGCCGGAAAAGUCAGAUUCCGGCAACUUUUCCGGUCAUCGAUAUGGGUACAGUGGAAAGAUCCAAGAAAAAGGUCCAAUUAUACAAUAAAGCUAUAUUCCACUUCUUCUUGUGUUUUGUUAUGGGAUUCUUCACCGGCUUCGCCCCAACGGGUAAGUCACUUUUUUCUAGACCUGUUGUCGCAUCGAAUAGAUCAGCAUUUUCACCACAAAGUCUGAGUCUGAGUUUGAGUCCGAGCCAAGCAAGAACACAGAGUGACAGUUUCAACACAAGUUUGUUAGAUGAAACUCCUAUUGUGGCAAUAUCAACAAAGUCAAAGUCAAAGUCUGAGUCUGAGUUUGAAUCUGAGUUUGAAUCCGAGCAUGAGAGAUUAACAAAUUUGGAAGAAGUCGAGUUGAUCCCCAAUAGGCUCAUAAUUGUUGUCACACCGACUAGUGUGAAGGAUCCCCUUAGAGUGGUCUAUCUAAGAAGGCUAGCAAACACAUUGAGAUUAGUUCCUCCACCAUUAUUGUGGAUGGUUGUGGAGCAAAAGUCUAAUUCAGCUCGAGUUUCUGAAAUACUUAGAAAAACGGGUAUUAUGUACCGUCAUUUGGUGUUCAAAGAGAAUUUUACUGAUUUUGAAGCGGAAAUGGAUCAUCAAAGGAACCUUGCGUUGAAUCACAUCGAGCACCAUAGGCUAAGUGGGAUCGUUCACUUUGCCGGGCUCUCCAAUGUUUAUGAUUUGAGCUUCUUCGAUGAGAUCAGAGCCAUUGAGUACGUGUUCUUUUUCUUUUUUUGCUAUGAUAAUCUUUAUGAUAGAAGUAGCAAAGUAAUAUAGUUUAUAAUUCUUCAUAGUUUACUAGGGAAAAACAUAGAGAAAAAAUUGAAAAUGAAGAGGUUGUUAUAGAGAAGAUAGAUUGCAGGCCAUUUGGGAGGGAAUUUUGAAGUCAAAUUUAGUGUUUGGAUAAUUUUAAAUUAGGAUAUCUACUCUCUCGCAUUUCUUUUCAAUUAUCAACCAAUUAUAUCACUUACUUAGAAUUUCUCUAAAAAAUAUAUUUAUAUAUUAUUUUCCUUUUUAAUUUACAGCUAAUAAUUUUGAGCCCUAACAAACAAGUCUUCCAAAAUUUGGAAUUUCUAGUGACCAAAUAAAUUCGCCUAUUUUUGUAUUUCUCU